CCCUACCGCGAUUUCAAAAAGCUCCAUCUUUACGAAAGGAAAUCGAAAACUCAAAUAAUGGAGGCCUCCCGUGGACCCCCCCGGGUCAAAAAUAAGGGGGCAAGCACCCAGCAAAUAAGGUACAUCUCGACACUCCGGACAAACUGUCUUAGCCGUGCGGCAGCAAAGCUAACAAGCGUCGCAGUGCCGAACAAAUUCUCCGGGAAGCCUUCGAACGGCAAGAGCAAGGGCUCCAGGCACCGACACAGCGGUUCGCGGAUCUCGAAGAGCUUCAUGAGUUUCAAGGCCGGAAACGCAAGGAAUUCGAGGACUAUGUGCGUCGUAAUCGGAUUAACAUGAACAACUGGAUGCGCUACGCGCAAUGGGAACUCGAUCAGAAGGAAUACGCUCGCGCCCGCUCAAUUUUCGAGAGGGCUUUAGAUGUUGAUUCCCGUUCGGUCGUAUUAUGGCUACGGUACAUUGAGGCGGAGAUGAAGACUCGGAACGUAAACCAUGCCCGAAAUUUACUUGACCGUGCGGUCACUAUUCUGCCGCGAGUGGAUAAGUUGUGGUAUAAAUAUGUCUACAUGGAAGAGACAUUGAGUAAUAUUCCUGGCACUCGGCAGGUGUUUGAGAGGUGGAUGUCGUGGGAGCCUGAUGAAGCGGCGUGGAGUGCAUACAUCAAACUUGAAAAGCGGUAUGACGAAUUUGCAAGGGCUAGAACUGUCUUUCAGAGAUUCACUCAAGUUCACCCUGAGCCAAGGAAUUGGAUAAAGUGGGCACGUUUUGAGGAGGAGUUUGGAACUGAGGAUAACGUCCGGGAAGUCUACACAUUGGCUAUCGAGACUUUGGGUGAGGAGUUCAUGGAUGAGAAGCUCUUCAUUGCCUAUGCCAGGUACGGCUAUUCCUUUGCGCCCCCGGACAAUCCAUGCGCAAAUACUGACGAUUCCCUCUAGAUACGAGGCCAAGCUGAAGGAGUAUGAACGCGCCCGAGUGAUCUACCAAUACGCUCUUGAUCGCUUGCCAAGAUCUAAAUCUCAAUUGCUGCACAAGUCAUACACAACGUUUGAGAAGCAAUUCGGUGAACGUGAGGGUGUAGAAGACGUGAUCCUAUCUAAACGACGAGUCCAGUACGAGGAGCAAAUUAAGGAGAACCCCAAGAACUAUGAUAUCUGGUUUGAUUACGCCAGGCUGGAGGAGACACUUGGGGAUAAAGAUAGAGUACGAGAUGUUUACGAACGAGCCAUCGCAAAUAUCCCCCCAACUAAGGAGAAAAGGCAUUGGAGGAGAUAUAUCUACCUCUGGGUAUUCUACGCCCUCUGGGAAGAAAUGGAAGGAAAGGUGCGCCCAUAGUUCAACCCUUCCUACCACCAAUAUAUCUUAACUUGUGAUCCACGGGCCCAUGAACAAGCCGCAACUAACCCCCCCCCCCCCCCACUAGGAUAUCGACCGCACCCGCCAAAUCUACAACGAAUGCCUAAAACUAAUCCCACACAAACAAUUCACCUUCGCCAAAAUCUGGCUCCUAAAGGCGCACUUCGAAGUACGACACUUCGACCUCCCCGUCGCGCGAAAAACCCUGGGCCAGGCGAUCGGCAUCUGCCCGAAGGACAAACUCUUCAAAGGCUAUAUAUCGCUCGAAACCCGACUGCACGAGUUCUCCCGCUGUCGCACGCUCUACGAGAAGCACAUCGAGUUCAACUCGUCCAACGCGCAGACCUGGAUCCGCUUCGCGGAGUUGGAAAUGGCCCUGGAGGACUACGACCGCGUUCGCGCCAUCUUCGAACUCGCUGUGGAUCAGGAGCUGCUGGACAUGCCGGAGCUGUUGUGGAAAGCCUACAUCGACUUUGAAGAGGAGAGCGGCGAGUUCGAGAGGGUUAGAGGCCUCUUCGAGCGCCUUCUGGAGAAGACAGAUCACGUUAAGGUCUGGAUUAGCUACGCGCACUUCGAAGUCAACGCGGACGAGGGCGAGGAUGAGGAUAGCGUUAGCGAGGAAACUAAGGCGCGCGCGAGGAAGAUUUUCGAGAGAGCGUAUAGGAGGUUGAAGGAGAAGGAGCUUAAGGAGGAGGUUUGCUCCCCAUUACCGCAUAGGUUGCCGAGGCUAAUGGAUAUACAUGCAGCGCGUUGCGCUCCUCAACGCUUGGAAAGCAUUCGAGCAAACACACGGCACCUCCGAAGACCAGAGGAAGGUGGAAGCGCAGAUGCCCAGCAAAGUCAAGAAGAGGAGAAAGCUGGACGACGAUACUUACGAGGAGUACAUGGAGUACAUGUUCCCCGCCGACGAGCAGUCCAACGCCCGGAUCCUCAAUAUGCUACAGGCUGCCCGUGCUUGGAAGCAGAAUCAGGCGGGCUCGGGUCCUGCUUGAGGAUGAUGUCAACUCUCGCGUUAUUUUUCGUCACGGGGGGUUUUCCUUCCGUUCUUUCUUUUCUUUUCUUUUCUUUUUUCUUAAAAAAAGAAAGAGCUUUAAUCCUCAGAAAUUUGUAGACUCGUGGGCGUACUCUUGUAAUUUUAGCUAGGGAUUGGUCAUUAUUAUUGAUGCGGCUACGAAUUUAGAUUAAUUACACGGCGGCAAGAAUAUUGCACAUGCAAUCAUGGUAUAUCACUCAUGACACUUUUUCCAUUAAAUUUUGAGAAAAAUAUCUCAAGCUUUGUUUGAUGAUCUGAGCCUCAAGGCAAGACUAAUUGUGAGAGCCAAUGAUAAUUAUUCCAGAUUGCAUGGACGUCCCCAAGCACAAGCAUUUCCCAAACAACCACCCAACCUUCCGUCCAUCCGAAUCGACCCCCCGAACGGCGCUAAUCUGAUUCACUGCGGAUAAUAGAAAACAGAUAUGCCAGACCCAACCUGACUAUGACCAUAAACCCCCACCAUCUACCACUUGUGAUCCUAGCAAUUCACACAUGAAUAUUACGUUAUAUAGCUCGCACAAACGGACGAGCCUAUAGCACAAGCCAGGCUACUCUCGCUCGGCGCCUCCCUUCGCCAAUCCACAGGGCCAACCGACCGACUGGCAAUAGGGCACCGUCUCCAGAAACCCACCCACCGUCGACAGACAGCACGGGGCAGCACAACAGGCCCCUGCGUCGUCCUUCCUCGCCUCGCAGCCAGCAGGAUCGGGAAAAGCCACUUCGUUUCGUCUGAGGUGGUUAUCAAACGUGCUGAGCCAGGAGCACCAUGUCAAUCAGUACUCGUGACUGAUGGUUGGGUUUGGUUUUGUGUAGUGAGGGAAGAAAAAAAAAAAUUUCCCCGGGCUGAAGGAAGAAAGGAAAUGGGACGUGGCAACUAAGAAUUGAGAGAAG